AUGAUAAACAUUGCUGUUCAGGCUCUGGCCGUUGUGGGGUUUCUCUUACUAGUCUCCUUAUGCUAUCGCCUUCUGUCAUUCAUCUGGUUCUACCGGCUCAGGCGGACCUCUGUGCAGCAAUAUCUCCAUGAUGACUCUUCGGCAUAUGCACUAAUUACAGGUGCUUCCGACGGUAUCGGGAGAGCGGUUGCUCAGGAGCUCUACGACAAGGGCUUCAACCUCAUCAUUCACGGGCGCAACGAAGACAAGGUGCGAGGCGUCGCUGAAGACCUUCGGGCCCGAGGCUCGCAGGACGUCCAGUACUUCAUCGCAGACGCGGAGAAUUCAGGACACGACUUCGCGCAGCUGAUCAAACCGCUCAAAAGGCUCAACGUCACGCUGGUCGUCCACAACGUCGGCGGGACCAUCAUGAGUCGCGAGAGGCACGCCCAUCCUUCUUCUCCGCAUAUACCAUAUACCAUGAUCGACGGCCUUUCGGAAGCGGACCUACAAAGCAUCGUCACCCGGAACGCGUUCUUCCCGCUCUUCCUGACGCGCGCUCUGCUUCCCCAGCUCCGCCUCUCCGCCAUCUCCGGCCCCGUUCUCGUGCAGUUCGUCGGCUCGCAGACCGCGGAUAUCGCCCCGCCCCGUCUGCCCGUGUACUCCGCGUCCAAGGCGUUCCUCCGCGCGCUCGCGCGCGGCCUCGACAACGACGAGCGCUUCUGGGGCGCGCCGACGGGCGUGCGCUUCGCCUACCUCGCGCUGGGCGAGGUGCGCACGCACACGCACGACUCCGCGCACAGCGCUACGUCGCCGAGCGCGGAAAGCCUUGCACAGGCCCUUGUCGCGCGGAUCGGCUGCGGGAAGAGGGCGUACACGCCGUACAUGUGGCAUGCGAUCUUGCAGUGGCUGCUGGGGUUCUUGCCGGAGACCACUGUCGACGACUACGCAGCCGAGGCUAUGGCUGAGGUGUUCGCCCGGCGGAAGAAGGCGGCUUGAUAUGGACUUCCCGCUGUCUUUCUUGUCGUAGCCUGUCCGAAAUGGCGAUAUGCCCCUCCAUUCUGUCUUC